GUACAGGCAGGCGGAGAGUGUGUGAGUGUGUGUGUGUGCUGUGCGCGUGAGUGAGAGAAAGGGAGAGUGCGUGCGCCUCGAGAGGAUGGCGACGCUCGUGGAAUCCGCAGAUAUUACCGAGCCCUUAUGCGGCAGCACCUUGAACAUGUCUUCCCCAACCCCAUCGAACCUCUCGUAUCGCUUUGAUGACAGCAGAUUUUAUCUGCUGGCGGUGGUCGGGGAGAUCAUCAGCGAGGACCAUUUGCGGUGUGCCAUUGCGGACAUUGAGAAAGGCAUCCGGUCAUGGGACACAAACCUGAUGGACUGCAAUCUGGACCAGGAGCUCAAGCUGUUUGUGUCGCGCCACUCCGCCCGCUUCUCUGCCGACGUGCGAGGACAGAAGAUUCUGCACCACAAAAGCAAUGUGCUGGAGACAGUGGUCCUCAUCAACCCCUCGGAAGAAGCUGUCAGCACUGAGGUGCGUCUCAUGAUCUCGGACACAGCUCGACACAAGCAGCUGGUCCUGGCUGGACAGUGUGUGGAGAGGACAGGUGAGCUCAUCCUGCAGUCGGGCUCCUUCUCCUUCUUCAACUUCAUUGACAUCUUUACUGACCAAGAAAUUGGAGAACUUCUCAGUAGCAUACAUCCAGCUAACAAGGCAAACCUCACACUGUUUUGCCCCGAACAAGGUGACUGGAAAAACUCCAACCUGGACAAACACAACCUCCAAGACUUCAUCAACAUGAAACUGAACUCCGCUCUCAUUCUCCCUGAAAUGGAAGGCCUGUCAGAAUUCACUGAAUACCUGUCAGAAUCAAUAGAAAUCCCAAGUCCGUUUGACAUUCUUGAGCCACCAACAUCGGGUGGAUUCCUAAAGCUCUCUAAGCCAUGCUGCUACAUUUUCCCUGGUGGUCAUGGAGACGCAGCACUCUUUGCUGUCAAUGGUUUCAACAUGCUGGUCAAUGGCGGGUCAGAAAGGAGGUCUUGCUUCUGGAAACUUGUGCGCCAUCUUGACCGGGUGGAUUCUAUCCUCCUGACCCAUGUUGGAGACGACAACCUGCCAGGUAUCAACAGCAUGCUGCAGAGGAAGAUCGCAGAGUUGGAGGAGGAGCAGUCUCAGGGAUCCACGGCCAACAGCGACUGGGUGAAGAACAUGAUCUCCCCAGAUAUAGGGAUUGUGUUCCUCAACGUACCCCAGAACCUGGAGAAACCAGAUCCAAACUUUCGGGUACGGAGGAACGUCGACGAGGCUGCUGCCACACUGCAUUACCUGAGCAAGCUGUCUCUGACACCAGAACCACUUCAGAGGGGCACUGGAAAUGCAAUUGAACCCAUCAUACUCUUCCAGAAAAUGGGAGUUGGAAAACUUGAGAUGUACGUCCUUAAUCCAGUGAAGAACAGCAAGGAGAUGCAGCACUUCAUGAAGCAGUGGACAGGCACUGAGAAAGACAUGGCUUCCAUUCUACUACCGAAUGGAAAAGAGUCAGAGCUACCAAACUCCUAUUUGUCCUCUGUCUCUUCACUGAUUGUAUGGCAUCCAGCUAACCCAUCAGAGAAGAUUGUGCGUGUGUUGUUUCCUGGCAAUUCCACACAGAAUCACAUUUUGGAAGGACUGGAGAAACUGAAACAUCUGGAUUUCCUGAAGCAGCCAAUGGUGACACAGAAAGAAUUGAACGCAAACAUGGCACCAUCACUUCAACAAGCAAAGAUGAAGCAUAAAACAGAUAGCAAAGAGAGCCUCAAAUCAUUAUCAAGGCCAGCAAGUAGAGGCGUAAAGAGAGAGUCAAGGGAGGAGACACCAGAGAAGGCAAAGGCAGAUACAGAAUCACCUAUGGAAACUUUCCACAGGAAACAUGAGGAAGCUUCACAGAUGAAGGAAAAAACUCCAGUGAAAAAAGUGGCAAAGGCUCAAGAGAAGGAGAUGAAAUCUAAAGUUGAGCAAACUCCAGAGAAAAAGAAAGCGGACAUUAAACCAAGAGCUGCUCCCAAGGAAAAAGUCAUGAAGAAAGAUAUUAAGAAAUCAGUUGAGAAGAAAACUGAUGACAAGGAGGUGAAGGAUGUUGUUGAUAAAAAAGAAGAAAAGAAGAAAGAUGAGAAGGUGACACCAAAGAAAGAGGAAAGGGUCAAAAAAGAGGAUAAGAUUAAAAAAGAAGAUGUGAAGAAGGAGAUGAAAAAGGAUGUAAAGAAGGACUUUAGGAGAGAGUCUCCCAUGAAGGCCAGCAAAAAGGAGGACAAGAAAGAAGUAAAGAAAGACGAUCACAAGAAAGAUGUGUCAAAGCCUUCCAAUUUACUGAAAAGGAAUGCAGCUUCUUCAGCUGAAGCCAAGAAACCAGCCCCUAAGCCAAAGUUGCUGAAAAAAGACGACGCAUCAAAGAAGGAGCUCGGAAGUCCUAUGAAGUCCAAAGAGAAAGGGAAGGUAAAGACUACCAAGAAAGACACUAAAGUCAGUGCGGCCAAAGCUGAGACUGCUGCAGCAGCAGCUGCUGCUUCUACUGCCGCCGCCGCUGCUGCUGCUGCAGGUGUUGCAGCUGGGCUUGAGGUGGCAGCCAGUUGUGCCGAAGCUCUGGAAGAGGAAAGGUCUUUGAUGUCAACUCCAGAGGACCUCACCAAGGACUUUGAGGUGCUGAAAGCAGAAGAAUUUGUUGAAGAUGAAGAGGCUUUACCUCAGAUCAACACUGAGGAAAUCACACUUGCCAAAGAGUCCCCAGAAGCAGGCGAGUCUGUGGAUGAGGGUAUCACAACAACAGAGCCAGAGGCAGAGAGCGGCGAAACUCCCGACGAGGUGGAGCCAAAAGAGAAAGUCAGCAGCUUCACCAGUGAAAAGUUUGAAGAUGAGGGAACAGGACUUGAGGAGUCAUCUGAAGCUGGGGACUAUGAAGAGAAAGGAGAGAUUGAUGAAGCAGAGGAGGAGGAGCAAAGGAGAGAACUCAAGUCUGAAUUGAAAAUCCAAGAAAAGAGGAAGAGAGAGGAAGAUGAAGAGGAAGAGGGAGAGGAUGAAGCCACUACUGUCAUCCAGGCUGAGACAUCGAAACAAACCCUGUUUGCUUCCAUCUCACCAAAAGUUUGCUCCCCCAUUUCUCCUGCUGCUUCAAUUCAUGAUGAAUAUCUUCCAGAAGGUUCUGGAAGUGAACCAGCUUCAGACGAUGAAAACCGAGAUGAACCCCCUGAAGAGUAUACCACCUCAGGCCAUACCAUGUCCACCAUUGAGAUUUCAAGUGUGCCAACACCCAUGGACGGCAUGUCAACUCCAAGGGACAUCAUGAGCGAUGAGACCACAAACGAUGAGACUGACUCUCCUUCUCAGGAUAUGGCCAGGUUUGGAGGGGCUAAAAUGUCAGGCGAUUUUGAGAGAAAACAGCUCCCAACUCUUCAAGAUGGCCCUGAAGACCACUCAAAAAGUGAUGCCACAGAUGGUGAAGACUAUCAAGCUUCAGCUUCUACCAUCUCACCUACAUCUUCACUGGAAGAAGACAAAAUUGUGGAUUAUUUCAAGGAAGAAGAGGGCGGACGCAAGACACCUCCAGUCUCAUUAAACAAAUUUGGCAUUCGCUCUUCAAGACUGGCUUCUGACUCUUCAAUGGGUCCAAUAGUGAGAUCUCCGUCUGGUGAUAAGAAUGUGAACAUGAGCUUCUUAUCAUCAGGUAUUGCCUCACCCAUUGAACUGGGCACUACCCUCACAGGGAUUCCGUUCGAAAUAGGCGAGAGCUCACUGAGUCCAGAUGAGAAGACCCUGGAGGGCACCUCUUCUCCACAAUCUGCUGGCCAUACACCUUACUAUCAAUCACCACUAGACGAGAAAGCAGGAACCCUACCACCUCAAGCAGGGGACAGUGAUGAUGGUCCAGUAAUUGUGGAGGUCACAAGUGACAAAGAAGACUCUCCUAAACAAGGUAGUCCAGUUGAUGAGAAAGUUCUCAAAUCUCCAAUAGAGAAGUCUGCAUCUCCUGUGUGUGGCUCACCAACCUCUGGAGCGGAAUCUCCACCAAAAAGUGAAAAAGCCGACAAGGUGUCAACAUUUAAAGAAGAGAGCAAAAUGUCAAUAUCAGAAGGAACAACAUCUGAUAAGUCUGCAACUCCAGUUGAUGAAGGAGUUGCAGAGGACACCUUUUCCCAUGCUGCGUCUGUGUCAACCUCUCUGGCUACAAUGAGUUCUUUGCGAGACCCUACAACUGAUGAUGUUUCACCAUCUCUGCAUGCUGAAGUUGGCUCCCCCCACUCCACAGAGGUGGAUGACUCCCUCUCUGUCUCCAUAGUUCAGCCUACGACUACUUUUCAGGAGACUGAGGUCUCUCCAUUGAAGGAGGACAGCCCACGACCAAUGUCCAUCUCCCCAGACACCUCUCCCAAAACGGCCAAGUCCAAAAUGUCCCUUCAGGAGCCUUCGACCAUGCAGGUCCCCCAGGACUCCCCUGACCAUUCUUUGGCCUCAGUUUUUGGCAAGCAGUCACCACAGCACCCCUCUGCCCCAGGGGCUUGUGGGGUCACUGAGAACGGACCCACAGAGGUAGACUGCAGCCCAUCCGACAUGUAUGACCACAGCUCAGUCGGAGAUCAUAGGGCUGAGAAGCCAAUGCUUUUCAGAGAGUGCGACUCCCCUCGUGCAGCCUCGGCGACCCCAUCAGAGGCGUCUCAGUCCAGUCCCUCUGUCAUGACUCCUUGUCAGGUUGGGGGACCAAGGGACAUGUCCCCAAGUGCAGCAGCUUCCUCAGGUCCUGUUACCCCAAAAGCAUCCUCCUUAACACACUCCCCUGUGUCCCCAGACUCACCGUUGGGGGACACCAGUUCUGGUGGGACGAAUAAGGGAAAUCUGUCUCUGGCUGGAGGAGAGACUAAUCCCUUCAAGUGUGAGUCAAAAUCUCCUGUCAGCCCCAAAGCCCCCUCACCAUCUUACCUGCCUCUGUCCUCUAAUUUCUCAGAGUCGUACACCUCUCCGACCUCUGGCGCUUCAAACUUUGAAUCCAAAGAUCCGGACAGCGCCAUGAAGAGCCCCUGUCGUCCAUCCAGGACGGACGUGGAUCUGUGUCUGGUGAAAUCCUGUGAGUACAAGCACCCAAAGACAGAGCUGUCACCAUCAUUCAUUAACCCGAACCCACUUGAGUACUUCCUGAAUGAGGAGAAUUUGAACCCUCUGGAGGAGGAAAAGCCUUUGACCAAGUCUAGUGGAGGGCCUCCGCCCCCUGGCGGGAAGCAUCAUGGGAAACAGUGUGAGGAAACCCCUCCGACCUCAGUCAGUGAGUCCGCUCCCUCCCAGACAGACUCUGAUGUGCCUCCCGGCACAGAGGAAUGUCCCUCCAUCACAGCAGAUGCCAACAUCGAUUCAGAGGACGACUCAGAGACUCUCCCAACGGACAGAACACUCACAUAUCGCCAUGUGGAUCCUCCGCCAGUGGCUGCCCGUGAUGCUGCUCCAUCCCCUCCCCGCCCUGACGUCUGCAUGGUUGACCCAGAUGCCUUGGCAACUGAGGAGAGCAACCAAGUCAAGGACACAAAGAAGGAGGCCGAAGAGAAGCCCAAAAAGAAAAAAACUAUGGCGAAGAAGUCUGCAUCACCAGCCCGAAAGAGCGCCAUUUCAAAGACAAGUGCAGCGAAGGAGACAAAAACUGCCUCUCCGAAGAAAAGCGCCAGUGCCAAGGGAGGAGAGGGGAAAGAUGCGAAAAAUGCAACCAACACUUCUGCCUCCCGAGGUGUGAAAAGUGCAGGAAGCAGUAAAACCUCCAGUGGAUCAGCAGUUCCCAACUGCCCCCCAAUGUACAUGGAUCUGGUCUACAUCCCAAACCAUUGCAGUGCCAAGAACGUGGACUCUGAGUUUUUCAAGCGAGUCCGCUCUGCGUACUAUGUGGUCAGUGGUAAUGACCAGGCUGCCCAGGAGCCCAGCAGGGCAGUGCUAGAUUCUCUGCUGGAGGGGAAAUCACAGUGGGGAAACAACAUGCAGGUGACCCUGAUCCCGACGCAUGACUCUGAAGUGAUGAGGGAGUGGUACCAGGACACCCACGAGAAGCAGCAGAACCUCAACAUCAUGGUCCUAGCCAGCAGCAGCACGGUGGUCAUGCAGGACGAGUCCUUCCCUGCGUGCAAGAUAGAGCUGUGAGGUCGCCAGGGCUGUGACCUGCAGGCCUCGUGCUGUGUCUAAGGCACGCAGCUGGGUUCAACUGUCAUAGAACUGCAGAACUAAAAGGUCUAAUCAAUGUCCCCUCUCAAAACAACAACAACAACAAUCCCCCC